AUGCACGGUACUUCACUCACUUUAUUGUUAUUUCUCUUAAUGAUGGUGGACCCACUGAUACUACACCGCGAUAAGCUAUGUGCGCAAAAAAAGGAGAUAUACAAGGGGAAGGAAGAUAGGCUGUGUGAUAGGCCUGUCACUGUAGGAAGGCCACGCUCACACCAUACAGAGGAGAAAAUUGAAGCUGCACGCCGAUCCCGGAAAGCCUAUUAUGCUCGUAACCCUUGGACAAUACCAGUAGCCUCAAACCGGCGCGCUCAGUACGAGAUGCACACAACAAACGCAAAACAAAUGGGCAGGCAAUGCGAUGACAUCGAUGCCAGCCUGCAGGUCCUUAUUGGGUCAUCGUCAAGCACAGCAUUGGUUGAGGGCCUUUGUGAGCUCUUCAUAGCAAACCCGGAUAAGCCAGAUUCGUUGGACGUCCUGCGGUCUGCUCACAAUGGGUUGGAAGACCUCCUUAUGCGUGCGCAAACUGUAGAAAACGAUGUUCUUGAGGAAUGUGGGACAGGGCAGGACCUCAGUCGGGCACAUAGUUCUGUGUCUCAUAUGGCGCCGCGUACAUGGCUGAGCGAGGAACUGGCCUUCAUCGCAACUUUUGAGGAUGAUUACCUCGAAUGCCAAAAGAAGGGGAACUAUACCACUUUUUGGCAACCCUUCUUCGAACAAUGGGAGGAACGAUGGCCCGCGAGGGCUUCCUUGUUUCCAGCGCCUGACGGUCAAAUUCCCCUGGCCGCAAAGCGGCUGCAGCGGGCAAUUCGGCUGUCCAAACUUCUCAGCAAUAUCGUUAAGGGACCCACAGCUGGUCGGAAACGUCCUCUCAAGGAAAGCGAAGUCUACGCUAAAAAGUAUACUACUCGAGUCCAGGCCAGCGUUAAAGAUGAGCUAAAAGCCAUCAAAGAACAACCUGACGUCCCCGAUCCCAAGAAGACGAACCUUCGGGUGAUCCGAAAGCAUGUUGACCGCUGCUGGGAGAAUGAGUCCGUUGAGGUGAAAGAGGAAAUCUCUCAACUUACGAGAGAGAUGAGGGAAGCAGCGCGCGAGGCGGCGAAGGGGAGGAAAUCAUCUGAGGUGACCAAUGAUCUAAUUAUACCGAGACUUACAGAAAUUCUCUCAACUUUCUUCGGAGAGCUUCAUGAGGCCACAGGAUGGACAUUCAGCGUCCUCCUGGUGGCCCUGACCCAUCAAAUGGGGGUGCGAUUGAUGUCAGCAGCUUACAUGUAG